CUGGAGCGGUAAGCUUCACCGCCCUGCUCUCACGCUACUUGGUCCCUGCAAUUUUUUAGGGUUCAUGAGAGUUUCUGUAAAACCCUAAGUGCCCAAUUCUAAACUUAAUUCUCCAAAUUCAUCUUGUUCCAUGACCUCUUUGUCUUCCUCAUAAAACCCUAACCCUAAUUGUUACCUCGCAAUGACGAAGGUGUACGGAACCGGCGCUUACGACUUCAAGCGCCACAGAGUCGCCGAGUACCCAGUUGACUCAACCACCCAAGUCACGGACCCCAAAACUGGCUCAGCUCUCCCCAACUCCAUCACUCUUCUCGAAAUCCAGCGUGAUAGACUCACCAAGAUAGCAGAAGCCAACUGGUCCAAAGCCGGCGACGGCUCGAAGCCCAUAAAGCCGUUCGACCCUAAUCUGGUGAAGGAGAUUUACGAGACGGAGCUGGUGGUCUCAGGCGGACGCAAAACAGUGCCAUUGCAGAGGGUUAUGAUUUUGGAAGUGAGUCAGUAUCUGGAGAAUUAUUUGUGGCCUAAUUUUGAUCCUGAAACGGUGUCGUUUGAGCAUGUGAUGUCUAUGAUACUCAUGGUGAACGAGAAGUUUCGAGAGAAUGUAGCUGCUUGGGUUUGCUUUUAUGAUAGGAAGGAUGUGUUCAAGGCGUUCAUUGAGAAGGUUCUUCGGCUUAAGGAGCAGGGAAGGAGCUUAAGUAUAGCAGAGAAGACCAAUUACUUGCUUUUCAUGAUUAAUGCCUUUCAGAGUUUGGAAGAUGAGAUUGUGAGUGAGACUGUCCUGAGCUUAGCAAGUUUGCAGUCCUGGCUUAGUCUGUCAUAUGGUCGGUUUCAGAUGGAGCUUUGUCUUAAUACAGAUUUGAUCAAGAAAUGGAAAAGGAUGAUUAAAAGAGAGGCUAAAGAGGUCAUGAAACGAGGAGAGCCUUUUGACCCCUCAACUAUGCUUGAAGCAAAGUUUUUGAGAAACAUCAUUGAAGAGUUUCUGGAGGUAUUAGAUUCCAAGGUUUUUUCCCAUAUCCAUGGUGAUGAUGAAGAUAAUGAACUUGUUGAUGCUAAUGGUUUUGAAAAAGUUAAUGAUGCCUGCAUUCUGUACUGUGAGAGAUUUAUGGAAUUUCUUAUUGAUUUGCUGAGCCAAUUGCCGACAAGAAGAUAUCUGAGACCUAUUGUAUCGGAUGUGGCUGUGGUUGCCAAAUGCCAUUUGAGUGCUCUUUAUACUCAUGAAAAGGGGAAACUCUUUGCACAAUUGGUUGACUUGCUUCAGUUCUAUGAAGGUUUUGAGAUUAAUGAUCAUGUAGGAACACAACUGAAUGAUGAUGAGGUGCUUCAGUCUCAUUAUGAUCGUCUCCAGUCUUUCCAGUUACUUGCGUUUAAGAAGAUUCCCAAGUUGCGAGAACUUGCACUGGCCAAUAUUGGUGGAAUUCACAGGCGUGCUGAUCUCUCAAAGAGGUUGUCUGUACUUUCUCCUGAAGAGUUAAAAGACUUGGUCUGCUGUAAGCUAAAAUUGGUGUCAAGGGAAGAUCCCUGGUCAGAAAGGGUUGAUUUUCUUAUUGAAGUCAUGGUAUCCUUUUUCGAGAAGCAACAGUCUCAAAAAGAAGCUAUAAAUGCUCUUCCACUCUAUCCAAAUGAGCAGAUCAUGUGGGAUGAAAGCCUUGUACCAAGUAUCAACUACUCUGGGGAAGGGUGUCUGGCUCUCCCAAAACUUAAUCUACAAUUUCUAACGCUUCACGAUUAUCUUCUGAGAAAUUUCAAUCUCUUCCGCCUUGAAUCAACAUAUGAGAUUCGUGAAGAUAUUCAGGAGGCUGUACCCCAUCUCCUUGCCUACAUCAAUCAUGAAGGAGAAACCGCUUUUCGUGGUUGGUCAAGGAUGGCUGUGCCAAUUAGAGAAUUUAAAAUUACUGAAGUUAAGCAACCAAACAUUGGAGAAGUCAAGCCAUCAUCUGUGACUGCAGAAGUUACUUUCAGUAUUUCCAGUUAUAAAGCACGAAUAAGAUCAGAAUGGAAUGCCCUUAAAGAGCAUGAUGUUUUGUUUUUACUCUCCAUUCGUCCUUCCUUUGAACCAUUAAGUGCGGAAGAAGCUGCAAAGGCUAGUGUGCCCCAAAGGCUUGGUCUUCAAUUUGUACGUGGAUGUGAAGUUAUUGAGAUCCGUGAUGAGGAAGGAACUCUUAUGAAUGAUUUCUCUGGGAGAAUUAAACGGGAUGAAUGGAAGCCUCCAAAAGGUGAACUGAGAACUGUGACUGUUGCUUUAGAUACAGCACAAUAUCACAUGGAUGUCAGUGAUAUUGCAGAGAAAGAUGCAGAAGACGUGUAUGGGACAUUCAAUAUAUUGAUGAGGAGGAAACCCAAGGAAAACAAUUUCAAAGCCAUUUUGGAAUCUAUAAGAGAUCUUAUGAAUGAAACUUGUAUUGUUCCUGAUUGGUUGCACAACAUAUUUCUCGGUUAUGGCAAUCCUUCUGCAGCUCAGUGGACUAAUAUGCCCGAUCUUCUUGAGACAGUGGAUUUCAAAGAUACUUUCCUUGAUGUGGACCAUCUGAGAGAGUGUUUUUCAGAUUAUCAGGUUCAAUUCAUAAAUUCAGAUGGUACUGAAAAUUUGCAUCCAAGGCCCCCUUUUCGAAUUAGGCUCCCCAGAAUGCUGAAAGGAAACAUCCAUGCUCUUCCAGGGAAUAAGAAGUCCUCUACAGCUUCAAUGAAUGAUGUCAGUAAGGCAGAUGAUGGUUCUGAGCGAGAAAAGCUAAUUGUUGAGGCAUAUAUUCCUCCUGACCCAGGUCCUUAUCCUCAAGAUCAGCCCAAACAGAACUCUGUCAGAUUUACGCCCACACAGAUUGGAGCAAUCAGUUCAGGUAUUCAGCCAGGAUUAACAAUGGUUGUGGGUCCACCUGGUACAGGAAAGACUGACACUGCUGUGCAGAUCUUGAAUGUUCUUUAUCACAAUUGCCCUUCUCAGAGAACAUUAAUAAUCACUCAUUCAAAUCAGGCUUUGAAUGAUCUUUUUGAGAAGAUAAUGCAGAGGGAUGUGCCCGCUCGCUAUCUUCUUCGACUGGGUCAAGGAGAACAAGAACUUGCGACUGAUCUUGACUUCAGCCGUCAAGGACGUGUUAAUGCUAUGCUUGUUCGACGGUUGGAACUACUUAGUGAAGUAGAAAGGCUUGCAAGAUCUCUCCAGCUUCCUGAGGAUGUAGGUUAUACUUGUGAAACUGCUGGAUAUUUUUGGUUGCUUCAUGUCUAUUCACACUGGGAACAGUUCCUUGCUGCUUGUUCUGGUAAUGAGGACAAACCAACAUUUGUUCAAGAUCGUUUUCCCUUCAAGGAGUUCUUUUCCAACACUCCUCAGCCAGUUUUCAUGGGUGAGUCCUUUGAAAAAGACAUGCGUGCAGCAAAGGGUUGCUUCCGCCAUCUUAAAACCAUGUUCCAAGAACUUGAAGAGUGUAGGGCAUUUGAAUUGCUCAAGUCAACAGCUGAUCGAGCAAAUUAUCUAAUGACGAAGCAGGCAAAAAUUGUGGCGAUGACUUGCACCCAUGCUGCUUUGAAGAGAAAAGAUUUUCUUCAGUUAGGGUUCAAGUAUGACAACUUGUUGAUGGAAGAAAGUGCACAAAUAUUAGAGAUUGAAACUUUCAUUCCAAUGUUGCUUCAAAGACAGGAAGAUGGGUAUGCACGGCUUAAACGCUGCAUAUUGAUUGGUGAUCAUCACCAGUUGCCUCCUGUUGUCAAGAAUAUGGCUUUCCAAAAGUAUAGUCACAUGGAUCAAAGUCUGUUUACCAGGUUUGUCCGUCUAGGUAUUCCAUAUAUUGAGCUUAAUGCCCAGGGUAGAGCUAGGCCAAGUAUUGCUCAACUUUACAAUUGGAGGUACAGAGAACUGGGGGACCUUCCAUAUGUAAAGGAGGCGGAUAUUUUCCAUAAAGCAAAUGCUGGAUUCUCCUAUGAUUAUCAGUUAGUGGAUGUCCCUGAUUACCUUGGGAAAGGUGAAACUGCCCCUUCUCCUUGGUUCUAUCAAAAUGAGGGAGAGGCUGAAUAUGUUGUCAGUGUCUAUAUGUAUAUGCGGUUACUAGGGUACCCUGCAAGUAAGAUAUCCAUCCUGACAACUUACAAUGGCCAGAAACUGCUGAUACGUGAUGUUAUCAACAGACGAUGCGUUCCAUACGAUUUCAUAGGUCCUCCCAGUAAGGUUACUACAGUAGAUAAGUUUCAAGGUCAGCAAAAUGAUUUUAUCUUACUGUCUCUUGUUCGUACUCGCUUCGUGGGUCACCUUCGUGAUGUUAGAAGACUGGUUGUUGCCAUGUCCCGUGCUCGACUUGGUCUCUAUGUGUUUUGCCGUCGCUUUCUGUUUGAACAAUGCUAUGAACUGCAGCCUACAUUUCAACUUCUGCUUCAAAGACCAGAUCAUCUUGCCCUAAAUUUGAAUGAAACCACAUCAUUUACAGAUCGUCAUGUUGCAGAUCCUGGAUUAGUCCAGCUUGUCAGUGGUGUUGAAGAGAUGAGUGGCAUUGUUAAUUUCAAAAUGCAUCAGGUGUAUCAGGCACGGGUAAUGGGCCAUCAAUUUGAUCAGUUUUCAGCUUAUUCUGGACAAGUAGCACCAUCCCUGGGUGGAUGGGAGGAGCAAAAAAGCCAGCGGGAUUCAACAUCCCAACACCAGCCCAUGGGCACCGAUAUGCCUGCCAAUUCACAUGAUGCAAAUGGCAUCUUGCCUCCUGAAAGCAAACCAGAGGAAGCUACAGAAAUGGAAGUCCUUGAAAACGGUCAGGAUGGGGAUUUAUCACCAGAGAACAAUUUGAAGGAAAACACAGAUAUGGAUGGCGACGGAGGUGCACCACUCCAAAGCAGGUCGAUUGAUGAGAACAAAAUGGAGUAGUAUGGGUUGAGCUCGGGAGAACAAUUAUUUUCACAAUGUGUAAUUGUUCAGGAUUUUGGGCCCCAAUGCACCUAGUUAUUGGAUGAUGCCAAUUAAUGGAAGAGUUAGUGGCUCAUUUCUAGUCCAGGCUUUGAACUACUUAGGUGGUAAACGAGAACAGACAGUCCUUUCCAAUCUUCGGUUGAAGGCAUCAGGGCCGAGAGUUUUGAAGGUAGUUUCCAAUUUCAUCUUGUGGGAAAGCAAAGAAAAGGGAAGCGUCAUUUAUACAUGUUAUGGCUGUGCUUAAAGAAUGACAAAUGGAAGAUCAGCAUUCAUCUUCAUGAAAGAGAUGAAAGUUAGCAGCCACGUUACUGAUCCAUUACGAGAAAUCUUGUAAUAUUAGAACUCUGACUGAACUUUUUGCAAGUUGGAGUUAAAAGCAACCUCCUUAUUUUAUAACCCAUAACAGAAUUGCUAGGGGAAUGUAUGUGCGAGCAUCAUAUUCAAUAUGUAUUUUCUUCUCUUUUGUGCAAUUCAGGAAAACUGAUUGCUGAAUCUUUGCUUUGGCAGAUCAGAAGAUGUUUGAAUGUAGAAUUCUGGAUAUUCUGCUCUUGUUAAAAAUACUCAUCCAAGAAUUUUUAAGGCUUUCAUUGGGCACUGACUUGUUAA